UGCUGUUUCUGACAGGUUCAUUAGGAGGUGGAAUGGCUAGGUCUGUGGGGGUGGGUAGCUGUGUAGCAGGCUGGUUUUACUCUGGAGGAUGGUUACAGACUCUGCUGUUUCUGACGGGUGUCUGUCUAUUUUCUUCAGGGUGAAAGGGGGCUCCCUGGUCCCAGAGGCCUGCCGGGUCCUCCUGGCUCCUUCGACUUCUUGCUACUAAUGAUGGCCGACAUACGCCAUGACAUCAUCGACCUUCAAGAAAAAGCGUUCGGGAGGAGGUGGGGCAUUGCACUGGAGACCAUGCCCCCAGCUGGGAAGGAGGCGGGGUCAAGCGAGUGGGGUUCAGGACAGGACAAACUGCUGUCUGGUUUGAACACAUGACAGGGAGGCUUAGUGCUUUAUUUUCAAAAGUUUUAUCUCCAGUGUUCAGCUCCUACUUUUUGGAAGAGGUAAAACGCCUGUUAAUUUUACAACACUGGACCCAAAAGCUGAGUAAUAUUACCCAAGUUCUCUCAAGCACUCUCAGUGUGUUUGUUUUUCUCAUUUUGUAACAUAUUAAGAUUAAUUUUCUCCUUUCAAAAUAUAGGAGGAAUUUAAAAAAUGCAGCUGCAGGUACAAACACCAAUGCAAACACAGGAAGCACAAGACUUAGAAAUAAAAGAAAUGUAAUAAAUUCAAUGACAGUGUGGGUGGACGAGCAGAGAGAUAAACAAAGUCCAACACAGCCUUAAAGGAAACAAACCAAACCAAACAGGAUUAUAGGCACAGACAGACGAGGUGAGGGCGGGUGUGUGAUGGUUUAAACAAAAAGAAAAGGUCCCCAAGCCAUUCCUUUGUGAAGUGGAGGCCUGUCUUCGUUUAUGUCACCACUACAAGGUUCCGCUGUGGCUUCCUGCUGUCCGACAGGUACCUUCCACCUGCUUAGUCUGCAGUCAAAGCACAGCAAGCCCAGCACACACAAGCCCCACACUGUAGUCUCCUGCUGCUUUCCAGCUCCAAGAGCUAAGGGCUGUGAGACAGUGCACUCCCUUUGGUACCCAGAGCUCUGCCCCUGUAGUCAGCCGAACACCAAUCCCAGAGAAGGCAGGUAUCCAUAAUAAUGGCUGCCUAGAGUUGCAGAGACCUGCACACUAGCGCUGUCUUCCCUCACCAAGAUGGUGGCCUCCAAGUGUGAUAGAUAUCACGAUUCCUGGUAAGGGAAACCCUGGGCUGGCUCAGUGCCCUCUAGCAUUGGGAGAUCGAAUUACAGACUGCACCCCCUUUGCCCAUCACAGACAGACAUUGAAAAAGACUUCCAGUCAAAAUGUUUGUUACUGAGUUGAUUAUGUUUCUUUUAGUAUUUCUAAAUUUAGCAGAAUUGAGUUUUUAAUAGUUAUGGAGGAAGCACACAACUUACAGAACAGUUUAAACACCACUGAAAUACCAUUAUAAUCCCAGACAGAAGAUGCAUAUCCCUGAUACCUCUAGAGCACCGCUUAUCAUAUCCCUGAUACCUCUAGAGCACCGCUUAUCAUAUCCCUGAUACCUCUAGAGCACCGCUUAUCAUAUCCCUGCUACCUCUAGAGCACCGCUUAUCAUAUCACUGCUACCUCUAGAGCACCGCUUAUCAUAUCACUGCUACCUCUAGAGCACUGCUUAUCAUAUCACUGCUACCUCUAGAGCACCGCUUAUCAUAUCCCUGAUACCUCUAGAGCACCGCUUAUCAUAUCCCUGCUACCUCUAGAGCACCGCUUAUCAUAUCCCUGAUACCUCUAGAGCACCGCUUAUCAUAUCCCUGCUACCUCUAGAGCACCGCUUAUCAUAUCCUUGCUACCUCUAGAGCACCGCUUAUCAUAUCCCUGAUACCUCUAGAGCACCGCUUAUCAUAUCACUGCUACCUCUAGAGCACCGCUUAUCAUAUCCCUGCUACCUCUAGAGCACCGCUUAUCAUAUCCCUGAUACCUCUAGAGCACCGCUUAUCAUAUCCCUGAUACCUCUAGAGCACCGCUUAUCAUAUCCCUGAUACCUCUAGAGCACCGCUUAUCAUAUCCCUGCUACCUCUAGAGCACCGCUUAUCAUAUCCCUGCUACCUCUAGAGAACCGCUUAUCAUAUCCUUGCUACCUCUAGAGCACCGCUUAUCAUAUCCCUGAUACCUCUAGAGCACCGCUUAUCAUAUCACUGCUACCUCUAGAGCACCGCUUAUCAUAUCACUGCUACCUCUAGAGCACCGCUUAUCAUAUCCUUGCUACCUCUAGAGCACCGCUUAUCAUAUCACUGCUACCUCUAGAGCACCGCUUAUCAUAUCCCUGAUACCUCUAGAGCACCGCUUAUCAUAUCCCUGCUACCUCUAGAGCACCGCUUAUCAUAUCCUUGCUACCUCUAGAGCACCGCUUAUCAUAUCCCUGAUACCUCUAGAGCACCGCUUAUCAUAUCACUGCUACCUCUAGAGCACUGCUUAUCAUAUCACUGCUACCUCUAGAGCACCGCUUAUCAUAUCCUUGCUACCUCUAGGGCACCGCUUAUCAUAUCACUGCUACCUCUAGAGCACCGCUUAUCAUAUCCUUGCUACCUCUAGAGCACCGCUUAUCAUAUCCCUGAUACUUCUAGAGCUCCGCUUAUCAUAUCCCUGAUACCUCUAGAGCGCUGCUUAUCCAGUUGUGAUGGAUUCUGACAUUCUUUGACCCCAACACUUAGGGAUCUACUGUAUGGAGUCACCAAUAUAAGGGAUUUACUGUAUGGAGUCACCAAUAUAAGGGAUCUACUGUAUGGAGUCACCAAUAUAAGUGUGACAGGAUGACAGAGGUUGAGACUCAGAGACAGUGUGAGAAGUUCAAAAAUAAAGCUUUUUAAUACACAAAAAUACAAAAUAAACCGGCACGAGGGCCAAACAAAAAGGUUUUAAACAGAAAUAAUAAACAAUAAGCACAAAACAAAACUUACAAAAAUACGGCUUCCAGGCUGGUUGCCUUCACUGGUUUUCCAAAAAUGAACAGAAACAGCACACACAGAAAAACACUCUUGCUUCUUCUCCUUCUAGAACUCUCCCUCUACUGGGAGGCUGAGGCCUCCUUUUAUGCCAGGUGGCUGGGUGAUCAUUGAAUAAUUAAUUACUUGAUUGCUCCCACCUGACGCAAUCAACCUGGGCAGGGAGGAGUAUUUAACUCCAUCCCUGCCAGUAUUUCCAAGGGCAGAGCCCUGCUCUGCCACACAUUUCCCCCCAUGUACAAAGUAUGGAGGCCGCAAUUGGCCAAACUCUCUGGUGGCGGAGGCGGGAACGGCGGCCCGUCUCCCUCUGAUGGCGGAGGCGGGAACGGCGGCCCGUCUCCCUCUGGUGGCGGAGGCGGGAAUGGCGGCCCGUCUCCCUCUGGUGGCGGAGGCGGGAACGACGGCCCGUCUCCCUCUGGUGGCGGAAGCGGGAACGGCGGCCCGUCUCCCUCUGGUGGCGGAAGCGGGAACGGCGGCCCGUCUCCCUCUGGUGGCGGAGGCGGGAACGGCGGCCCGUCUCCCUCUGGUGGCGGAGGCAGGAACGGCGACCCCUCACGAACAGGAGGCGGACCCUCUGGCACAACAGGUGGAGACGGGGGACCCUCAGGAACAGCAGACAGACCCUCUGGAACAGCAGGCGGAGAUAGCGGAGACAGCAGCCACUCUGGCAACGGCAGUUCCAGCUCCUCCAGUGGCAACGGUUCCAGACAGUCCGGCAUUGGCGGUGGUGGCUGUGGCCAUUCUAUCGGUCUCUGAAGUCGGGCUGGCACCUCCUGCCGUCGCAGUCGGGUGCGCCUCCCCUGAGCUCCUCUCAGCAGCAUGUGCAAGGGCUGCUGAGAGGCUUCAGCCUUCUCCCCUUCUGGCUCCCGGGACGGCAGCUCCAUCCCCUCUGGCUCACGGGACGGCAGCUCCACCCCCUCUGGUUCUCGGGACGGCAGCUCCACCCCCUCUGGCUCUCGGGACGGCAGCUCCAACUCCAACUCCAACUCAAAACACAGACAUGAGAGGAGGAGGUAAACUCAAAACACAAACAUGAGAGGAGGAGGUAAACUCAAAACACACAACAUGAGAGAAGAAGGUAAACUCAAAACACAGACAUGAGAGGACGAGGCAACUCAAAACACAGACAUGAGAGGAGGAGGCAAACUCAAAACACAAACAACAUGAGAGGAGGAGGUGAACUCAAAACACAGACAACAUGAGAGGAGGAGGCAAACUCAAAACAUGAGAGGAGGAGGUAAGCUCAAAACACAGACAUGAGAGGAGGAGGUAAACUCAAAACACAGACAACAUGAGACGAGGAGGCAAACUCAAAACACAGACAACAUGAGAGGAGGAAGCAGACUCAAAACACAGACAACAUGAGAGGAAGAGGUAAACUCAAAACACAGACAUGAGAGGAGGAGGUAAACUCAAAACACAGACAUGAGAGGAGGAGGUAAACUCAAAACACAGACAUGAGAGGACGAGGCAACUCAAAACACAGACAUGAGAGGAGGAGGCAAACUCAAAACACAGACAUGAGAGGAG